AUGCCGCGGCAUCCCCCGGCCUGCGCCGAAGUGCUCCCUGGUGCGCCGGCCGCCAGCGCCGGGCUGGCGGCCGCUCGCGGUAUCGCGGGGGAUUUUACCUCGCCGGUGUGCGCUGCGCGGCGUAUACCAGGCGAGGAGUUAACAUUCCCCUCGCUCGGCCCCGAGGACGGCCUCAUCUCCUGCGGGCCGGGCCAGUUCCUCUGCCGCGACGGCUCUCGCUGCGUGCCCGCUGCGUGGCGCUGCGACGCGCGCGACCACUGCCCCGACGGUAUACCAGGCGAGGAGUUAACAUUCCCCUCGCUGGGCACCGAGGACGGCCUCAUCUCCUGCGGGCCGGGCCAGUUCCUCUGCCGCGACGGCUCCCGCUGCGUGCCCGCUGCGUGGCGCUGCGACGCGCGCGACCACUGCCCCGACGGCUCCGACGAGAUACAUUGCGAGCACCUAAGCCACUCCGAUGCCGCAAACGCCACAGACACAUCGCCCUGCAGCCAGGGGCAGUUCCGCUGCGCCACAGGGCGCUGCAUACCGGCCGCGUGGCGCUGCGACGGCGACACGGACUGCGGCCAGCGGGACGACUCCGACGAGGACCCCUUCACGUGUAAGCUUGUAGUGUCUCAACUGACAGACGCUUCGCCCUGCAGCCAGGGGCAGUUCCGCUGCGCCACCGGCCGCUGCAUACCGGCCGCGUGGCGCUGCGACGGCGACACGGACUGCGGCCAGCGGGACGACUCCGACGAGGACCCCUUCCCGUGUAAGCUUGUAGUGUCUCAACUGACAGACGCUUCGCCCUGCAGCCAGGGGCAGUUCCGCGGCGCCACCGGCCGCUGCAUACCGGCCGCGUGGCGCUGCGACGGCGACACGGACUGCGGCCAGCGGGACGACUCCGACGAGGACCCCUUCACGUGUAAGCUUGUAGUGUCUCAACUGACAGACGCUUCGCCCUGCAGCCAGGGGCAGUUCCGCUGCGCCACCGGCCGCUGCAUACCGGCCGCGUGGCGCUGCGACGGCGACACGGACUGCGGCCAGCGGGACGACUCCGACGAGGACCCCUUCACGUGUAAGCUUGUAGUGUCUCAACUGACAGACGCUUCGCCCUGCAGCCAGGGGCAGUUCCGCUGCGCCACCGGCCGCUGCAUACCGGCCGCGUGGCGCUGCGACGGCGACACGGACUGCGGCCAGCGGGACGACUCCGACGAGGACCCCUUCACGUGUAAGCUUGUAGUGUCUCAACUGACAGACGCUUCGCCCUGCAGCCAGGGGCAGUUCCGCUGCGCCACCGGCCGCUGCAUACCGGCCGCGUGGCGCUGCGACGGCGACACGGACUGCGGCCAGCGGGACGACUCCGACGAGGACCCCUUCACGUGUAAGCUUGUAGUGUCUCAACUGACAGACGCUUCGCCCUGCAGCCAGGGGCAGUUCCGCUGCGCCACCGGCCGCUGCAUACCGGCCGCGUGGCGCUGCGACGGUGACACGGACUGCGGCCAGCGGGACGACUCCGACGAGGACCCCUUCACGUGUAAGCUUGUAGUGUCUCAACUGACAGACGCUUCGCCCUGCAGCCAGGGGCAGUUCCGCUGCGCCACCGGCCGCUGCAUACCGGCCGCGUGGCGCUGCGUCGGCGACACGGACUGCGGCCAGCGGGACGACUCCGACGAGGACCCCUUCACGUGUAAGCUUGUAGUGUCUCAACUGACAGACGCUUCGCCCUGCAGCCAGGGGCAGUUCCGCUGCGCCACCGGCCGCUGCAUACCGGCCGCGUGGCGCUGCGACGGUGACACGGACUGCGGCCAGCGGGACGACUCCGACGAGGACCCCUUCACGUGCCAGAAGGAGUUCAAAUGUCCAAACAACACGGCGCGGUGCGCGACACCCCUAGGCGGGGUGUUCGAGUGCGUCCCUAUACGGUCGUUCUGCGACUCGAUACGUGACUGCCGCGACGGUUCAGACGAGUGGGACAUCUGUGACAACUUCACGAAAGCCCAAUGCGGCCCGCUGAAAUGCGCAGAGGGGUGUAGACCCACGCACGAAGGACUGGCCUGCUAUUGUCAGGAUGGUUAUCAGCACGUCAAUGGGAAAUGCGAAGAUUUGGACGAGUGUCAACAAGAAGCGACGUGUCCACAAUGGUGCCGCAACACACCCGGCUCUUACACCUGCCUGUGUGCACCCGGGUACAAGCUGUCUGGCGGCUCUUGUAUUGCUGUUAACGAUCCACCGGACGAGCCAGCAUCUCUGCUGGUGAUCACUCAGAAGGGUAUAUCUCGUGUCUGGCCCGACGGGCACGCUCCGCCUAAGAAGGAGAACCUCACGCUGCCGGCGCUGCAAGUUAAGGCUAUGGAUUUCGAUUAUUCUAACAGGUCUUUCUGCUACGUUCACCACAACCUCAGCCGCUCUGGCAUAAUGUGCGUGUCCGUCGAUGACUUCUCGAAGAAGUGGCAGCGGGAGCCGCCGACGCUGUUCCCUUCUGUUGACUCGGUAAGCUUCAUGGCGCUGGACUGGGUGUCGGGCGCCUGGUACCUGGUGGACGGCGCGGCGGGCGCCAUGUUCGUGUGCUCGCGCGACCUGGCGCACUGCCGCCUGCUGCAGGACUCCUUGGCUAAGCUCCGCGGGCUAGCCAUCGACCCUACGCCGCCCCAGCAGAACGAUAACCAACCUCAUGGCUUCAUAUUCUGGUCCGUGUGGGGCGGCUCACCUGCCCGCGUAGUCCGCACGGAGCUGUGGGGCGGCGCGGCCGCGGACCUGGCGGCGUCGCGCCUGGUGUACCCCACGGCGCUCACGCUGGACUUGACCAAUAAGUGGCUCUACUGGGUCGACGCUUACAUGGACAGCGUGGAAAGGAGUGACUACUAUGGAGGGAAUAGAGUUACCGUUUUCAGGGCGUACGAGUCCGAACGAGUAUCCCUUAUUUCAAACUUCGAAGCGUCCCUCUACUUACCCCAAUGGAACAACCAGAGCGUGCUGAUGACGUCACGCUACGCACGCACACACGCACGCACGCCCACGCACACACAGAAGAUCAUACCCGUGUCCGCACGAGUCACGGCUGCGUUGGUGUUCCACAGGCAGAGGCAGCCAGUCGUAUCACACCCAUGCGCAGUCCACAACGGCGGCUGCACGCACAUAUGUGUGACCGCAUGGCGGGGAACGACACCACGCGCGCACUGCCUGUGUCGUCACGGGUACAAGGCGGUCCACACUCAUCCGCACCAGCCGCCCGUCUGUCAUAGAGUGGACGUAGACCAGUACCUGCUAGUGGCACGCGGCUCGCCGCCCAUAGUGCAAGCCAUAGUGACGCAGCACCCGCAGUGGGAGGCCGCCGCACCCGCCGCCGCCGCGAGGCCCACGGCAGCCGACGUGCACCUGGCGACAGAGUACAUGUACUUCUCCGAUGUGCACAGAUACGAAAUUGUGCGGCAGAAGUUAGAUGGCACCGGACGGGAAGUUUUCAUAGAGGAAGACGUUGACAACUGCGAAGGGCUUGCCAUCGAUUGGAUGGGUAAAAAUCUAUACUGGACGGACGACGCACUGGGUCAAAUAUCUGUGGCGCGAUUAUCGGCUCCGAAGCAACGUAAGGUCCUCAUUCGGGAGCCACACUACCACCCCAGGAGCAUUGCUUUAGACCCACGUAAAGGUGUAAUGUAUUGGUCCGUAUGGGCCAGCUCCUCAACCCCUAAAGGCAGUAUAGAGACUGCCGCCAUGGACGGAUCCGGGCGCCGCGUACUAGUCUCAGAAGAACUCCACUGGCCCAAUGGACUGGUCGUACAGUCGGACGAGCAGAUGCUUUAUUGGUGUGACACGUUUCUGAACAAGAUCGAAAGCCUAGACCUGGCCUCCAAUAAGCGCACCACAAUCAUCUCAGCUCCGAGCGUCGACUUGCAGAAGCCGUAUGGACUGGCUUUGAUCGACGGCGAUAUAAUAUGGAGUGAGCACGGCACCGGUAACAUCCGGCGCUUGGGCGCCGACGGGCAACCAAGCCCCAGCGCCAAUGGCACCAUUCUGCGGCGCCUGCCGCCGCCGUUGUAUGACAUUCGACGCGUCGCGGCUGCAGACAGAUUAGGUCGCAACACAUGCUCGGACACCAACGGCGGGUGCUCGGAGCUGUGCCUGGCCGCGCCCGGCGGGCACUCGUGCGCGUGCGCGGCCUGCGCGCCCGGCCCCGCGCCGCCGCCCUGCGCCGCCGGCAAGUUCCACUGCGGCCGCGGGCGCUGUAUCGACGAGCUGUACGUUUGCGACGGCGACGCCGACUGCCCUGACGGCUCCGAUGAAGAUAGCUCUCCUACUGGACCCUGUGCAAACCGGACAUGUACCGAUAGUCAGAACUUCAAAUGCGACUCCAACCGUUGCAUACCGAAGACUUGGAUCUGCGAUGGACAAAGAGAUUGCCUCGACGGCUCAGAUGAGUCCGACUCGGCCUGCGCCGAGCACGUCUGCGGCCCCGACCAGUUCCUCUGCACGUCCUCGAAACGCUGCAUAGCGGCCGCCUGGCGCUGCGACGGAGCCCCCGACUGUGGCAACAACGAUCGCUCGGACGAGGCCGACUGUAAAGCUACAGAAAACGCAGAAUGUCACCCGCUAAUGUUCCGCUGCCCGAACGGCGGUUGCGUGCCCUGGGAGUACUACUGCGACGGACGCGCCGACUGCGCAGACGGCGGGGACGAGCAGCGUUGCCGCGGCGUCACCCCUACACGGAAUGAUGAAGUUACGAACAAGAACAGCGUGUGCGAAGAACACGAGUUUCAGUGUGCGAAUAAAGAGUGUAUACGUAAGGAAUUCCGCUGCGAUUACCGUCCAGACUGUCUCGACAGCUCCGACGAAGCCAACUGCGAGCAACACCGAGCCACCACCCGUGCCCCCACCACCCCCCCUCCAGAUGAGUGCGUCGCGCCUGCAUUGCAAUGUGACAAUGGUUCCCGCUGCGUACCUCUACUGCAGCUCUGUGAUGGGAGUUAUGAUUGUGCUGAUGGGUCAGACGAAGCUGAUCGAUGUGGCGAGCCUAUGUGCGUGGCAGCGGCAUGCACACACGAGUGCCACCCCACACCCAGCGGCGCGGUGUGCGCUUGUCCAGCGACGCUACAUUUGCAGCGCGACGGCUUUACUUGCUCCGAGCGUCACAUCUGCCACGACUGGGGCGUGUGCAGCCAGACAUGCCAACCGCAGAAGAAUCGGCACAAAUGCACUUGUUACGAGGGUUACGAGCUGGCCGAUGACGGCUUCACUUGUAAAAGCACUGAGAAAGCCACCCCUUUGCUGGUGUUCAGCAACCGUCAUGAGGUCCGGGCGGUGGAACUGCCUUCCUUAACCUCUCGAGCGCUCAUCUCUUCUCUCAAGAACACAGUGGCUCUUGACUGGAAGCGGACGGGAGACCAGGUCACCUUAUACUGGACGGACGUGGUCGAUGACCAUAUAUACUCUGGCACGGUCCAGGGGAUAGCUCUGAGCGACAUUAAGGUGGUGAUAGAGCAGGGCGUGUCGACGGCAGAGGGGUUAGCCGUCGACUGGGUGGCGAACAACCUCUACUGGGUCGAAGGCACGCUGCGGCAGAUUGAAGUGGCUCGCCUAGACGGUCGGUAUCGGCGCACUCUAGUGUCGGGCGAUAUGGAGAGUCCGCGCGCUAUUGCACUUGAUCCCAAACAUGGUUACCUAUUCUGGAGUGACUGGGAGCAGUCAGCACCACGUAUAGAGCGAUGCAGCAUGGCCGGCACAGACCGCACCACCGUGGUGCACGUGGACGAGAUAGCGGACGGCGCGUGGCCCAACGGCGUCACGCUGGACCACGUCGCCACCAGGCUCUACUGGAUCGACGCCAAGUAUGUGCACGGAGCAAAGCGAUGCAGCAUGGCCGGCGCUGACCGCACCACCGUGGUGCACGUCGAUGAGAUAGCGGACGGCGCGUGGCCCAACGGCGUCACGCUGGACCACGUGGCCACCAGGCUCUACUGGAUCGACGCCAAGUAUGUGCACGGAGCAAAGCGAUGCAGCAUGGCCGGCGCAGACCGCACCACCGUGGUGCACGUCGACGAGAUAGCGGACUGCGCGUGGCCCAACGGCGUCACGCUGGACCACGUGGCCACCAGGCUCUACUGGAUCGACGCCAAGUAUUCGGCGCCACGUAUAGAGCGAUGCAGCAUGGCCGGCACAGACCGCACCACCGUGGUGCACUUCGACGAGAUAGCGGACGGCGCGUGGCCCAACGGCGUCACGCUGGACCACGUGGCCACCAGGCUCUACUGGAUCGACGCCAAAUCGGACUCGAUCCACACAACUCUGUACGACGGGACCGGCUACCAGCUGGUCCUGCGCGGGCACGCCAUGCUUUCCCACCCCUUCGCUGUAACCCUCUUCGAGUCGCACGUCUAUUGGACUGAUUGGAGAAGCAACAGUGUGAUGCGCGCUAACAAGUGGAAUGGCAGCGACGUGCAAGUUGUGCAGAGGACUAUGAUGCAGCCUUUUGAUAUCAAGGUGAUUCACCCAAGCCGCCAGCCAGCCCUACUUGCCAACCCCUGCGCCAUCGACAACGGCAACUGCACACACCUGUGUCUCAUCGACGGACCGAACGUGCGCGUGUGUGCGUGCCCGCACGUCAUGCGGCUGGCUAAAGAUAAUGUCACUUGCGAAGUGCACGAGAAAGUGGUGGUGGUCGGCAGAGCGGGCUCCAUUCGCGGCUUAGACCUAGACGCGCCCUCCCAGCCCGUCAUCCCGGCCGUGUGGGGCGCGCAGCUCGCCGCGCCACGCGCCUUGGCGGCGUUAACUUCACAACGCCUGCUGUACUGGAGCGAUGCUGAGGUAACUUCAACUUUAUACCGGUGGGAUAAGGUCUACUUUACAUUGGAGCCGGUGAUACCUGCUGUAUGGGGCGCGCAGCUCGCCGCGCCACGCGCCUUGGCGGCGUUAACUUCACAACGCCUGCUGUACUGGAGCGAUGCUGAGGUAACUUCAACUUUAUACCGGUGGGAUAAGGUCUACUUUACAUUGGAGCCGGUGAUACCUGCUGUAUGGGGCGCGCAGCUCGCCGCGCCACGCGCCUUGGCGGCGUUAACUUCACAACGCCUGCUGUACUGGAGCGAUGCUGAGGUAACUUCAACUUUAUACCGGUGGGAUAAGGUCUACUUUACAUUGGAGCCGGUGAUACCUGCUGUAUGGGGCGCGCAGCUCGCCGCGCCACGCGCCUUGGCGGCGUUAACUUCACAACGCCUGCUGUACUGGAGCGAUGCUGAGGUAACUUCAACUUUAUACCGGUGGGAUAAGGUCUACUUUACAUUGGAGCCGGUGAUACCUGCUGUAUGGGGCGCGCAGCUCGCCGCGCCACGCGCCUUGGCGGCGUUAACUUCACAACGCCUGCUGUACUGGAGCGAUGCUGAGGUAACUUCAACUUUAUACCGGUGGGAUAAGGUCUACUUUACAUUGGAGCCGGUGAUACCUGCUGUAUGGGGCGCGCAGCUCGCCGCGCCACGCGCCUUGGCGGCGUUAACUUCACAACGCCUGCUGUACUGGAGCGAUGCUGAGGUAACUUCAACUUUAUACCGGUGGGAUAAGGUCUACUUUACAUUGGAGCCGGUGAUACCUGCUGUAUGGGGCGCGCAGCUCGCCGCGCCACGCGCCUUGGCGGCGUUAACUUCACAACGCCUGCUGUACUGGAGCGAUGCUGAGGUAACUUCAACUUUAUACCGGUGGGAUAAGGUCUACUUUACAUUGGAGCCGGUGAUACCUGCUGUAUGGGGCGCGCAGCUCGCCGCGCCACGCGCCUUGGCGGCGUUAACUUCACAACGCCUGCUGUACUGGAGCGAUGCUGAGGUAACUUCAACUUUAUACCGGUGGGAUAAGGUCUACUUUACAUUGGAGCCGGUGAUACCUGCUGUAUGGGGCGCGCAGCUCGCCGCGCCACGCGCCUUGGCGGCGUUAACUUCACAACGCCUGCUGUACUGGAGCGAUGCUGAGGUAACUUCAACUUUAUACCGGUGGGAUAAGGUCUACUUUACAUUGGAGCCGGUGAUACCUGCUGUAUGGGGCGCGCAGCUCGCCGCGCCACGCGCCUUGGCGGCGUUAACUUCACAACGCCUGCUGUACUGGAGCGAUGCUGAGGUAACUUCAACUUUAUACCGGUGGGAUAAGGUCUACUUUACAUUGGAGCCGGUGAUACCUGCUGUAUGGGGCGCGCAGCUCGCCGCGCCACGCGCCUUGGCGGCGUUAACUUCACAACGCCUGCUGUACUGGAGCGAUGCUGAGGUAACUUCAACUUUAUACCGGUGGGAUAAGGUCUACUUUACAUUGGAGCCGGUGAUACCUGCUGUAUGGGGCGCGCAGCUCGCCGCGCCACGCGCCUUGGCGGCGUUAACUUCACAACGCCUGCUGUACUGGAGCGAUGCUGAGACGAACGAAAUAAAACGGACCCGCCUCACCGGCGGCACAGCUGAGACCGUAGUGGAAGCGGCUGGCGUCGGAGGAGCCCUGGCUUUAGACUGGGCCGCUAAAGUGCUGUACUACGCAGUGCAAGGCCAACUGUGGGCCGCUGGGCCGUUAGGAGAGAGGGCUUCACCGCUCUGUGCUGUUGCUAAUGUCACCGCUAUUGCCGUGGAUGUACAAAGGGGCAAGCUGUACUGGGCCGUGUCGAGCACAGGCGACGGCAUCGGUGCCAAGAUGGAAGCCGCGGCUAGCGACUGUAGCGAACGACGAGUCAUCAUUGACGCUACUAGAGACCCGUUACUGGCUGGAGUCCAUAGUUUGACGGUGGAACCGAAGACCGGAUGGCUAUACUGGGUCAAUCUCGCGUCUGCGUCUAUUCAGUACAUAGAUGUCAAAACAGGAGAAUUCUUUACCGUUGAGCUAGCAACGGGUGCGCGUCCUCUGGCCCUAGACAUCCAUUUCGAACGGCUGUUGUGGGCUGACGGGGACGGUUUGAAAGCCUGCAACUUGCCCCGCGAGCGGAGCCAGGCCACGCAGAACUGUGUGGAUUCGGAGGUGCUUAGACCUAACACUGAGAACGUGCUAUCUCUCCUUGUGUACGACGCCGCAACCCAGAACGCCACGCGGGGCGCGUGCGCGCUCCGAGCGCCCGCGGCGGCGUGCGCGCACGCGUGCCUGCCCGUGGCGGCCGCGCGCAGCCGCUGUGUGUGCGCGGCCGGGUACACGGCCAACGGGACACAGUGCAUUCCUGAAGACGAAAUCUUGGUGUACUCGUUGAGCUGGGAGAUACGCGCGCUGUCGCUGACGGCGCCGUCCCGGACCGUACUGCCACCCAUCGCGCAGCCGGCACUCUGCACCGCGCUCGACUAUCGUGCAGACGGUGACUGGAUAUACUGGGCGGACUCGGAAAGCGGCGCAGUGGCGCGCGCUCGACGCGACGGUACCGGGCGAGCGGCGUUGGUCUCUCAGCCGGAGCCACUCGAUGCGCAGCCCGUGGACUGGCUUUCUGGCCUAGCUGUAGAUUGGGUCGCUGGCAACAUCUACUGGUCCGACCCCCGCCGUAACCUGGUUGAAGUCGCUCGAGCAAAUGGCGAUCACCGCUACGUUCUCAUCGAUACCGACCCGCUAGCCGUUACUACCUUAGCAGUGGAUGCUGUACGCGGUUGGCUCUUCUUAUCGGGCGGAGGCUGGAUCCAACGCUCGCGCCUCGACGGCUCGCAGCGGGAGCUUCUAUACAAUGGCACUGCGGUUGCCGAUAUCGCUUUGGACUCUGAGAACGAGAUGGUAUACUGGGCGGAUACUUUCGACGUGUCCCUCUGGCGCAUGCGCUACGACGGCCGCUCCCGCGCCUGCGUGGCCCGCGGCGACCCGCUGCGGCACCCCGCCGCCGUGGCCGUGCACGCAGCCCGGCUCUACUGGAUAGACACUAUGUGGAAACGGGGUUGCAUUCUCUCUGCGCCGCUCACUAACAUCAGCGACUACCAAGUUCUGCUGGAGAACGCUGGCGACAACCUCAAGGAUCUAUUCAUCUGGUCAAAAGCCUCCCAAACACUGCCGUCCCCGUCAUCCGGAUUAGCAGUGAACCCUUGCAGCGUCAACAACGGAGGUUGCGCCGAGCUUUGUCUAUGGGACGGUGCCAGCGCGCAUUGCGCUUGUCCACAUGGAGAUGUCGCUGCCGACGGCAAGAACUGUACUCCGUACCAAUCGUUCCUGAUGUAUUCGGGAGUGACAAAAAUUGACAGCAUCCAUUUACAGGACGAAAAGGACCUAAACUCUCCAUAUCUGCCGAUUCAAAACAAGGACCUGAUCAGAAUAGCGAUCAGCCUAGCUUACUGGUACGAUGAAAAGCGACUGUUCUACUCGGACAUUCAACGCGGGGCCAUCGGCUCAGUGCAUUUCAAUGGCACGGACCACAAGACGCUUCUUACAAAAAUGGGGGCAGUAGAGGGUAUGGUGUUCGAGUCCCGCACCAGAACUCUGUACUGGACGUGCAACAGCGCGGCCGUGCGCCGCGUACACAUACCCUCACUCGACGCCCGCGCUGACAACCAAUCCUCGCAGGCUUUAGUGCGCACUGUUAUACAGUUAUCGCCUGGUGACAGACCGAGAGGGAUAGACGUGGAUUCCUGCGAGUCGUACGAAAAUAUCGUAAGCGGGAUUCAGCGAUGGUUACAGCGCCAUCUAGUGGUAAGUAUAAAUACUAAAUUCCAAUCCUCGCAAGCUUUAGUGCGCACUGUUAUACAGUUAGCGCCUGGUGACAGACCGAGAGGGAUAGACGUGGAUUCCUGCGAGUCACGCUUAUACUGGACGAACUGGAACGACACGAACCCGCGCAUCCAGCGCGCCUACAGCAGCGGGCACGAACUCGAGACCAUCAUCUCGAAAGACAUUCUCAUGCCCAACGGCUUGGCUAUAGAACACUCUACAAGGAUGCUGUACUGGGCCGACGCGAGGCUGGAUAAGAUUGAACGAUCGCUGCUCGACGGAUCACAUAGACACAUCGUCGUCCGCUCAGGGGCGGAGCACCCGUUCGACGUGGCGGCCUGCGACGGCUACGUAUACUGGUCGGACUGGGUCGGUCGCGCGAUUUUAAGAGCAGACGCGAGGGGCGGUAACACACGGGCGCUGCGUAAGGACUUACCGCGCCCUAUGGGGCUUGUGUGUGUCACACCUACACAUCAGACUUGUUCGCCAGACCCCUGCGCCACCCUCAACGGCGGCUGCGCGGAACUCUGCACCCUCUCCGCCGAGGGCGUCGUCUGCGCCUGCCGCCCCGGCCGGGAAUUGAACCCGGACCGCAGCUCCUGCCGUCCCACCGCUACUCACUGCGAGGACGGACAGUUCGCGUGUGCUGAGGGCUUGUGUAUACCUGAGGAGCUGGUGUGUGAUGGCGUCAAUAAUUGUGGAUCGAGAGACGCCAGCGACGAGGACCUUUACUAUUGUACAUCACGCGUGUGUCCAGCCGAUAUGACGCCGUGCGGCGCCGGCGGUCGCUGUGUACGUACGUCGUCUCUGUGCGACGGCUUCGACGACUGUGAUGAUGGAUCAGAUGAGCGCUCCUGCGAGUGUCCGGCCCAGCAGUAUAGAUGCACGGACGGCAUGUGUGUCCCGGUGUCGGCCCGCUGCGACGGGCUGGUGGACUGCCUGGACGGGUCGGACGAGGCGGGCUGCCCGCGCGGCGCGUGCGCGGCGCUGGGCGCCGGCGCGGCGCCGUGCGGCGGCGGCGGCUGCUUCCUGCCCGAGUGGCGCUGCGACGGCGCCAAAGACUGCCCCGACGGCACCGACGAGCAGGGCUGCGAAGUAGACAGCACGACUCGCAGCUCCAUGCACUCUUUAGCUCCAUGCGACGUGGACCAAUUCACGUGCGGCAGCCCUGAACGUGGCGACAUCGAGUGUAUACCGCUAACGUGGCGGUGCGACGGCGUAGUCGACUGCUCUGACGGCUCUGACGAGACUCUACACUGUGGUAAGACUGCUGCCUCUGACGUUAGUUCACCUGCGACAGCCCUGAACGUGGCGACAUCGAGUUUCACCUGCGACAGCCCUGAACGUGGCGACAUCGAGUGUAUACCGCUAACGUGGCGGUGCGACGGCGUCGUCGACUGCUCUGACGGCUCUGACGAGACUCUACACUGUGGUAAGACUGCUGCCUCUGACUUCACCUGCGACAGCCCUGAACGUGGCGACAUCGAGUGUAUACCGCUAACGUGGCGGUGCGACGGCGUCGUCGACUGCUCUGACGGCUCUGACGAGACUCUACACUGCGGUAAAACUGCUGCCUCUGACGUCAGUUCACCUGCAGCCCUGAACGUGGCGACAUCGAGUGUAUACCGCUGCCACAAGAACACAAGUAAAUGCACAGUGGACCAGUUCUCGUGCGGCGCGCUAUGUUUGCCGCUGAGCGCUCGGUGUGAUGGUUCCGCGGACUGCCCGCGCGGGGAGGACGAGGCGGACUGCUCUCUAACUCCGCUGAGCGUUCGGUGUGAUGGUUCCGCGGAUUGCCCGCGCGGGGAGGACGAGGCGGACUGCUCGUGCGCGCCUACUGCCUUCCGCUGUGCCAGCGACAAGACCUGUCUGCACGAGUGUACCCCUCAUACUUACUACAUCUGUCUCAGUCUAACUCCGCUGAGCGUUCGGUGUGAUGGUUCCGCGGAUUGCCCGCGCGGGGAGGACGAGGCGGACUGCUCGUGCGCGCCCACUGCCUUCCGCUGUGCCAGCGACAAGACCUGUCUGCACGAGUGUACCCCUCAUACUUACUACAUCUGUCUCAGUCUAACUCCGCUGAGCGUUCGGUGUGAUGGUUCCGCGGAUUGCCCGCGCGGGGAGGACGAGGCGGACUGCUCGUGCGCGCCUACUGCCUUCCGCUGUGCCAGCGACAAGACCUGUCUGCACGAGGUACGUCACUAG